AUGCUAAAUGUGCCUCUUCACAUCGGCUGGCUCUGUCUCUGCUUGGUUUCUGCUGCAUCUCUACACGAGACAGGUGACAAUGAGAAGAUAGUGAACAUAAAGAAGGUCCAGCAUUUGCCGGUCAUCAGGGGAUUAUCGGAUUCAGCUCUCCUGCCCUGUGUCUUCUCUGUGCUUCCGAGCUCAGCCAUCGACCCUUCUUUGCUCCCUGACCCCCCACGCAUUAAGUGGACUAAAGUCUUGCUGGAAGGGGGCAGCCGGAAGGAAAUCCCCGUGCUGGUCGCCAAGAACAACACAGUAAAGUUCAACCCGGCCUACCAGGGCCGAGCCAGUCUGCCUGGGUACGGCCCCUACCACUACAAUGCCAGCCUCGAGAUUGUCUCUUUGCAAGCAAGUGACACAGGCAUCUACCAGUGUGAAGUGGUUGUGGGGAUUGAUGAUGAGCAAGACACAGUACCUCUAGAGGUCCUGGUCUCCAAUCGUAACACUCGCUUCAAGCUAAUGAUAGCUGUGGAAUGUGCAAUUAUAUACCCGAUCAGGUCACCAAGGCCUGGUUGCUAUGGAGAUAAGUUUGAAUAUCCUGGCAUCAGAACCUAUGGAAUCCGAGAUCCUAAUGAGCAGUAUGAUGUCUACUGUUACAUCAAGGAACUUAAAGGCAAUGUAUUUCACGAGACGACCACUCUGAAAUUGAACCUGACUGAGGCCGUGCAUCAAUGCCAGAUGCAGGGAGCUGAACUAGCAACUGCUGGCCAACUGUACAUGGCCUGGAGUCAGGGCUUCGAUCAGUGCGACGCCGGCUGGUUGGCAGAUGGCAGUGUGCGUUACCCCAUUAACAUCCCUCGAAGAAAUUGUGGCGGAGAUACACCAGGGGUGAGGACAGUUUACCAGCUCCCAAACAGGACUGGCUUUCCUGAUGCUGGCUUAAAGUAUGAUGCCUACUGUUACAGAGCUGGUGAUGUACAGCCAUCCACAAAGGAAAGGAUGAAUCUUAAAGGAGCUUCUGCGUUGGCAAAUUCAGAGCUACAGAUUCCACAACUAUCCAUGGAACAAGGAGGAAAUGGAAGCUCAAACACAGCAACACCUAUUUCGGGCAAGCUGCCCCUCAAAGACUGGUCCUUACUCUCUGGGACUGAACUCACUGAGCUGUCAAAGCAAGUGGUGGAACCGCCAUCCCAUAAUCUCGCUGUCACACAGCAGACGGUGCAGCAACAUCUGGAGCAACGCACCCCAACACCUGAUGCAGAACAACACCAUUUCUCUGGAAACGGCUCUUCACUCUCCACUGACCCAGAGGAACACAACUUAAGUCCAAACGCCUCCAGCAAUUUACCCCCAAUCAACAACAGGAACUCUUCUGGUAGUCUGUCUGGUGUGUUAAAGGAGCUGGACAUUUAUGAAGGAAGUGGACUGGAUUACAGUGGUGACCACGUUGAUAACUCAACCAGGGGAACGUUCUUGGCCAGAGAUGGAAGCCCAACCGUGACAUUUGAGGGGCCAAAAGAGGAAGAAUCUCAUAACUCCAGCGACCUAAUUCUAGCAAGCCUGACUCUCGUAGCACCUGAAACUGUAACCAUCACAUUAAAUCCAAAAGAGAAAACCAGUGCCUCACAAGGUCAAAGAUCUGAAACAGAACCAACACAGGAGCCAGCGUCUAUUAGUCUCAACAGAACGCCUCCUGGCAUUUCAACACCUUCAGCUUCUACUGAUUCAGAUGGAUUCAGCCCUCAAGCUGUGACGAUGAGUUUAUUGGCUAAAGAGAUGAAAUCGGACAUUGUUGUUAUUGGUGAAUCCAAUGAAUUGCCUCCACUGGGGCCAGAACCUAUGGCCAAAAAUGAGCUCGACAGUGACUGGGAGUUCUUGGGGAAACAAUUCUUGAAAAGCAAGGCUACUCAAGUGAUGACUAUUGACCUUUCCAACCAGCAACUUGAUAAUUUACCCACCAUUGAACAUGAAACAAUCAGAAGCAUUAUUAAAGGCACAACAGCAGUUACAGAGCAAGUCUUAACCAGUGCAUCACAAGAGCCAUCGCAUAUUCCAACUCCUUCUGCAACUGAACCAAAGGCAUGGCCACAAGUAGCCACAGGACAACCAAGAAGAGAAAAUUCCACAGCCCACCUCACCAAUGAGAAGGAUCAGGAGCAAGUCAUCACACCACUCACUGGGAAUGAACAGGAUGGUACAAAGUUCAAAAGGGCUAAUGAGAAGCUUUGGCUGCCAGAGAGACAAAGUCACAAAACUGAGAAAUCAUCUUCGACAGAAGCAACUGAAAUAACCACCAUCAGAAAUGAAGAGAACCUUUCUUCACCCCAAGAGAGAGAAAAUUCCAGAAACAUCUCCACAGUGAGAGAUAAUUCAAGCACCAACACUAUAGGUAGAACUUACUUAGAACUGGUCACUGAAGCAUCUGGUGAUGUUGCUCCCAAAGAUGAUAGAGAAUAUCUUUCAGCAGUGACUAAGCACACAGAACUUAUUAGGAAAUUGGGGGACUACGGUCAACACCAGGAAGGAAAUAAUUCUCAAUCUUCAAACAUUAGCAAUGAGGCAUGGAAAGAGCAGGCUCCACAAUCCAAACUUGUUUCAUUGCUGUUUCCAAAUGUCAGCAAGAACACAAUUCCUCCUGGCGAGAACAGAACUACAGACGUACAUGAGGGAGAGAAGACGAUGGCUGUGGUAAAUGUUACACAUGGGAUGAGGGACAUACAGCCUCACAGUGUCACAGGUCACCCUGGUAGAGAAUUCUCUGAGCAUACCUCCGUUCCAGUGAGGCCCUCGACAGGGUAUACAAGCCUCAUUCAAGUGGGAUCUAGCACCUUGGCAGCUCGUGACCUGGGAGGAAGUGGUGAUGGAGAAACAAGUUUCCUAAACCAGCACCAGAUCGGUUUGGAUGCUGCCAAAAGUCAUUCAGGACUUGUAUCUGGACGUGAGAUCGAUACAGACGAAAGAGGGUCUUUGGCAGACAGUGUGCCAGAACAUCUCAAAGAGUCUGAGGAGGAGCUCCAAGAGACGACAUUGGCUUUUGAGGGGCACUUUAAAGAUUUUACACAGCCCACUCUGCAUUCCACAGCACUCACUGAUACCUCAACGUCAAAAGGCAGCGAAGAACAUCUGACAGAAGAAACAGGGCAGACAUAUUCAAUAACGCCAGGGAGAGACAAAGAAUCCCUAAAUGGGUUGGAUGGAAGUCAGCCCCUUGGCAAACAAAAUCCAAGCACUGUUCAGCCUUCUGUAGUGAAUACAACAGAUGAAAAUGAAACAAACAGUCAACCACCUACAAAGAAACUGAUAGCUUCAGAUGAGAUUCAGCAAACAAUGAAUAAACUGUCUGAAAUAGAAAGAGAAGAUAUUAUAACAGUGACGGGUGCCUCAGAAAUUGGAUUAUUGUUACAUGGAGAGAAGCCGCAGAAUAAAAUUGAAAAAUCUCCCAAGGCCCACAGAGACCAGUCAAAAGCAGUAACAUUAGCUUCAGGCAGUUCAAUGUUUGCUAAUACAUCUAUUGAGUUAGGACAGGGACCAUUACACUCAACAACGUCAAAUGUUGUCAGGAAUACGGAGAUUGCGUUGACAAGUGUAACAGGAACAGUUGACAGAAAAGAAGGCACUGGAGUAUCUGGCCUCAGUCCAACAGCCAAGUCAGCUAUGCACGUUGUCAAGGAAACUGAGGAAGCAAUGCUUGCAGUUACAGUCACGUCCAUUACUCAAGAUUCACAUGCAGAAUUGGAGCUUCCAAGAACAUUUGCCCUCACAGCAGAACAGUCAACGGUGGCCACUGUCUUAGGCACAACUGGUCUAGGAGAGGAAGAAUUACAGAGAUUGGAAAGGCUAGAGAGAGCUGGUGAAGACACUGCUUCCACGGAAAGUCCUGUACUGUUCACUUCUGUUCCGUUUUCUACUCCACUGCACAACCUGAGCUUGUCUCAUCAUGAACCUGCAAAAGAAGUAUACAAUAACAUGGAGCACACGAUUCCGUCUGUGCCUCACGAUGCAGAAACUCUAUCCUUGGAAACACGGAUGUCUUCUUCAUAUGAAGAAGCUGAUGGCUCGGGGGCAGCAGAGCAGAAGUUAGUCACCACUGACCAAAUGAUUGAGGAUCUGACCGAGUCUGCCUUGGAGCAAAAGAAGGACCGUUCAGCAGUAACUCCAUCCAUCAUUAGCAUCAAUGACUUGUAUGAAGGACUGGUCUUUCCAAUAACAGAGGAGUCUAACCCUUGCCAGACUAACCCGUGCCUACAUGAGGGAAUCUGCCUGUCCAACGGAACUGUCUACACCUGCAACUGUGUUCCGGGAUUUACUGGGGAAAACUGUGAGAUAGAUAUUGAUGAAUGUCAAUCCAGCCCCUGUGAAAAUGGUGCAACCUGUGUUGAUGGAGUCAAUUCCUUCACUUGUCUCUGCUUACCGAGUUAUGCUGGCAGGUUAUGUGAAGAAGAUACUGAGGGGUGUGAUCACAACUGGCAGAAGUUCCUGGGCCACUGCUAUCGGUACUUUUCGCACAGACGAUUGUGGGAGAAUGCAGAGAAGGAUUGCCGAGGCCAUGGGGCACACCUUGUCAGCAUACACUCAGCUGAGGAGAAGGAGUUCUUAAACAGUCUGGGUCGGGAGUACGCUUGGAUUGGCCUGAAUGAUAGGACCAUUGAGGAGGAUUUCCAAUGGACUGAUGGCACUUCAUUGCAAUAUGAAAACUGGCGGGAAAACCAACCAGAUAGUUUCUUCGCUGGAGGAGAGGACUGUGUGGUCACAAUCAAACAUGAAAAUGGGAAGUGGAAUGACGUACCAUGUAACUAUAACCUGCCCUACAUCUGUAAGAAGGGAACAGUGCUCUGUGGUCCACCCCCUGUUUUGGAACACGCUGUGACAAUCGGCAGAAAGAAAGCUCGUUACGAGAUCCACUCAGUGGUCAGGUACCAGUGUGAGGAGGGUUUCAUCCAACGUCACAUCCCGACCAUCAAGUGUCACAGCAACGGAAAGUGGGACAAGCCGAAAAUCCUCUGCCUAAACCCUGCCUCUGGUAACCGCAGAUCACGAAGGCAUCAGCAUAAAUCCAGCAGAAAAGACAAGCGAAAGCACAAAAGGAACCUGGACUUUCAUCAACUAGAUAUGAAGCCCUUCUACUGA